AUGGGUUUGUUAACCGAUUCGCUUUGGUCUAUGAGGGAAUUUUUAUAUGGGGCUGAUGGAGCAGGUGAAAGGCCCAACUGUGGUCAUUUGUAUAUUGAGUCUUUUUGCGAUGCCUUUAAUCUUUGGAAUGAGCUUAACAGCGAAAACUCGGCCUUUCCCCCCAUUUUCGCUAUGAUCGUUUUGCCAAAUGAAAGAAAUAUUUUUGAGCACCAGGAAAUAUGUGAGCGACUUUUGAAAAAGGGCAUCCAAACUCAUAGGAUAACGCUCUCCGAAUUGGGAACAUCGGGAUCCUUGACCAAAGAUCGAUAUUUAAUUUACAAAGGGUGUGGUUUUCCUUGUCGUGACUUUGUAGGUCUUGCAUAG